AUGUCGGCUGUGGAGGUUUCCUCGGCCCCAGGGCAAGGGGAAGGCAGCACCUGUGGCGAGGAGGAGUUCACUCCGCCCCCUCACCGAGACCGCAUCUUUGCUUUGAUCGUGAUCGGAACCUUCUGUGGCCAGCUGGGGCUCUCCAUCAUCGCCCCGUUUUUUCCGGCAGAGGCAAAGGAGAAGGGCGUCCAGGGCACUGCCUUGGGCUGGAUCUUCUCGAUCUUCGAGCUUGCCACAAUGGUCGGCACGCCCAUCACGACCCGGCUGCUGGUGAGAUCCGGGAGCAAGCCCAUCUUGGUUGCUGGGAAUUUCCUUGGUGGUAUGGCCAACAUUCUGAACGGCCUCUGCUGGUACGUGGGCGAUGGGGCUCCCUUCAUCGUGUGCUGCCUGCUGCUUCGUGUUGUCGCCGGCUUCGCUUUUUCCUUCGAGUCAACCGCAGGU